UUUUUAUAUAUUUUCACUUAGUAUAGAAAUGUAAGAAAAUAGAUACAAUAAAAAUGAAGACCGCAGAAGAUGAUGCCACAGUUAAAGAUGAAAUUGAAAUAAAGGUCAUCAGAAGCAAAGGAUUGCGAGGCAGUAAGGGACCUCAAUUUGUGGUUGUUGCAAAAGUCGAAUUUGGGAGUACAGGCUUGGGAGAGUCAUCAAAAGUUGAAGUGAAACCUGAUAACGAAUAUGCUGUUUUUGAUUUUACUUCAACGUUGGAAGUUGUUGCAAGUGAACCAUUGGUUUUGGAUGAGCUAACACAGACACCUGUUGUGGUGACAUUUAGCGAGAUUUUACCGAAGGAUAAAAAAUCGAAAGAAGAAAAAUCAAAUGUUUUAGGACAAUGUUGCAUCGAUCUGUUGCCAUUAAUCAGAGGUGAUCUUAGUUACAGUGUUAUAGAAUACAUCCAUCCUGUAAGCGCGACUGUUGCUCCUAAUGAAAGUAGUGAACAAGUUCUUCCUGAAGUUGAAAUUUCAAUAUCAACUGCAAACCCAUUGAUGACUCCUGAACAGUUGAGCUCUUGUAACCUGUUAACAGUUUGCAUAGAAAGUGCAUUUUCUCUACCUGAAGCUUGGAAUUUGAAUGGUAGUCAAUAUAUGUACGCAGCAUGCAUGCCUGUACCGAUAACUGCCGAAAAAGAAGCAAUGGUGCUUGUUCCAAGUGGUUUGUACAGAGCUGCAGGAGAAAAGGAAAUGUCAGGCCAGAGGAAGUGGUCAUGUGUACCGAAUGCAUCAGGAUCUUGUCUCUACAUACCAAACACAGAAAUUCAUCACAGUGCUUAUGAAGAUGAAGAUGGUGAUCUUCGAAACAGAGAGGACAUGGAGUUUCGUGUUGAAGCAGAAAAUCAAAAGCCACAUAUUACUUGGAAUUCAGAACGGAGAUGUUUUUUAAGUUCAUCUUCCACAGAAUGUUUACAACAGAAAAUUGCCCACCAUCGAUACUGGCCACUAGAGAUUAUCAGAACAGUACAACCUACCAAUGUAAAAGGCAAAGGGAAAGAAGAGGAACAACAAUCUAGCUACCAUGGAAUUGCAUAUGUUGAUCUGGCACCACUUCUUUAUCCUGGUGUCAGUAAAAUACGUGGGGCAUAUCUUGUACACCCUUACAGUGAGGUGGACGCAGAGGAAAAGCUUCAGCGUAAAGGUGUUAUAGAUGAAGAGGUGGUAAAGACAAUAAUUGGUGUGAUUAGAAGCAGCAGCUCAAUUGGACAAUCAAACAAAUCAAACAAAACAGGAAAAGGCGAAGCUAAAGUAAAGCAAUCUAUUGGUAUGAUCAAAUCAGAUAUUGAUGGUGAUGGACAUGAUGUUCUGGAAAGUCAGCAAUAUACAGAAUCACGUACUUAUGUCAUUCUUGAAUUAGAGUUAGAGAAACCUUUAGUAAAGAAACGAGAAUUGGAAUCAAUUACGGCCAGAGUUGCUGAAUUAAUUCCACCUCGAUCACCCUUUCCCAAAAAAGAGGGAGGAAGCAAAAAGGUUGUCGACGAUUUUGAACAGGAAAUCGCACAUCUUGCGAAUAUUUUGUUAGAAGAAUUCAGAUCUAUGUUUGGUGCUGACUUUUCUCCAAAUGAUCAGGAAGAGAGGAAACGAGUUUUUUUAUAUGAACUGAAUACCUCUGGAAAAUAUUACGCUUUCAAAGAACGUGUGAAGUACUUUGUUGUUAAAAUAGUGCGGGAGAAGUUCAUGUAUACAACUAACUUUGACAAUCAAGAAGAACUUCAAGCGUUUAUAAGCAAACUUUACAUAUUUCUGCUUGAUCACAUGAAUCUGGGACUUAAUAAGUACUUAUCAACCGAAGAGAUGACUGAGAUACCACCACCAAUUACUGAUUCGAAGAUGUUGAAACAUUUUGCAAAAGAGGCUGAGGUAACAUUUAGGUACGAUCUUGCAGCGAAAUAUUACCAAGAGCGCAUUGCUCGAUACAAAGGUGAUGUGGAAUGCUGGUUGGAUUAUGGAGUGUUUUGUUUGAGUAUUGAAGAUACACAAAAAGCUGAAGAAUGCAUCAGAGAAGUCGUAGCAAUUAAUCAAUCUCACAUGAAAGGGCUUCUGUUAAAUGCUCAGAUGUGUCUUUUGCACGAAGAAUACGAGAUAGCAGAAGAGUUGUUGGACGCUGUCACCUACAUGUAUCCUGACUGUGUGCUGCCAUGGGCAUUGUUAGGUUUAUACUACUCUGGCGUGGAUAACACUAUCAUGGCGGAAAGAGCUUUUAAAGAAGCAAACAAACUUCUGUGUGCUAAAGAAGAAGAUGAAGAAAAAGAAGAAAAAAAAAUUUUAGCUCCUGUCGAUGAAGAUGCAGAUACAGUAACGGCGGUAGAUAGUGAACUUACAGACAAACUUAGUGGUAUGCACAUUACGGAAUGUAUCAAGAAGAAAGAGGAUGGCUUAAUCCGUGAGACAAUUUUUCUACAAACUGCGCAUUUUCUUCUGGACAUGCAUGUCGUUCAGAUGGCCGAAAGAGCUCUAGCUCACGAGCUUACUUCGCAGAAAGAAAUAACAAACGUGUUGUACUAUGAACUUCUUGGACAACUUCACAUGCAGCAGAAGCAACACACAUCUGCUUUACAUGAUUUUGAGCAAGCACUAGUGUUGCGACAUGAGAACCCAAAAGUCUGGUCAUUAAAAGGACACGUGUAUUAUAUAACUGGUGAUUUCACUGCUGCAAAGGAAUGCUAUGAAAGAUGCAUGGCUUAUACUGAGGAUGCUCCAGAUAUGCAUGCUGUGUACAUUAGAUUAGCGAAUAUCUAUCUGGAGAAGGAGAAGAAUUAUAUAAAAGCAAAAACUGCAUACUUAAAAGUUUGCAAGUCGUCGCCAUCCUGUGUCACGUGGCUUGGAACAGGAAUAUCAUGCUAUCGGUUAAACGAAUUAGAUAGCGCUGAGCAGGCACUCAAUGAAGCUAAUAUCCUGGACAAUAAGAAUCCUGAUGUUUGGGCUUACUUGGCGCUGGUAUGUCUCAAGAAAAGACGACAUUUAGAAGCCGAACAUUGUUACAAGUAUUCCAUCAAGCUUGGUGUUUACGAUGAAGUACUGAUCAAUGAGUUAAAAGAAACGAUGACUGAAACUGGCUUUGAUACUUGCGUUCUUUGACGGAUUGAUGGAUUGAUAGAAGGAUUGGGUAUGUUUCAUCCAAAAUGGUGACGUGGUGGAAGAAUACUUUUAGUAGACUGAGAAAUUGUUCCUUUAUUUUGUUUAUUUCGAGAAGUUGAUGAUUUUCUCAUGUUCCCGAGGUUUCACAAUUAAAACAGUUUUAUAGCGAUAUAUUUUUCUAUAUAUUUGUUGAAUUUUGGUGCGUGUACAUAUUUCCAUAUAGCUAAGUUAUUCAAAUUAAUAUAUAUUUUUAAGUGUGAUAUAUUCUCCUAAAAUUAAUUUAAACUUUA